AGACAUUUUAGAGGUAGAGAAAUGGAAAGAGAGAGAUUUUCUUCAAACACUCAGUCUCUGAGUGUGUGAUGAGCAGUGGAGUCGUCAUGCAGAGGGUUUUGUGAACUCAGGCAGGUAGAAGAGGUGAAGUUCAAAUCAGAUACAAAGCCUGAAUGAAGCAUCUGUUGAACUCUGCAUGAAAAGCGCUGCUAGUAAUUAUGAAGAGCUAAACCCUGCAGUCUUCUAAAUGCACAGACACAUGACUACAAAGAUGAACGGAACUAAGGAGUCGUUAUAUUUGAACGUCACAUCAACAAUGACUCUACCAAUCACCACCAAUGUUUCUCCAUCAUACCAUGAACACUAUCUGCACAGACUGGCCCACCUGGAUGAGGGUCUCUAUAAUGACUUCUAUAGCCUGUGGAUUGCCCUGGUGGUCAUUAACACUUUGAUAUUCAUGGUGGGAAUGGCACUCAACAGCCUGGCCUUGUAUGUCUUCUGUUUCCGUACAAAGCCCAAGACCACAUCUGUUAUUUAUACUAUUAAUCUAGCUAUCACAGAUCUUCUGGUGAACCUGUCACUUCCUACCCGCAUCAUACUGUAUUACAGUGGAGGCAAGUGCUUGAACUGUUCUUACAUCCAUUUAUUUAGCUACUUUGUCAACAUGUAUUGCAGCAUCCUCUUCCUCACCAGCAUCUGUGUGGACCGUUAUCUUGCCAUCGUACAGGUGGAGGCCUCCCACAAGUUGCGCAACCGCAAUGUGGCUAAAGUAGUUUGUAUCUGCAUCUGGCUGUUUGCCAUCGUCAUCACUUACUCUUUCCUCAUGACGGCCUUCAAACAUUCAGCUUGCUGCGUGUCCAAGCUCUUCGCAUUGACCAUAUUCGAGUUCUUCCUGCCCUUGGUGAUCAUUGUGGUGUUUACAGUCAGGAUUAUGUGUGCACUGUCCAGCCCAGGCCUCAUGCAACAAAGCAGGGACAGACGGAUGAAGGCUGUGCAGCUACUCACUACUGUACUGGUGAUCUUCACCAUCUGCUUCACACCUUUUCAUGUUUGCCAAGUCCUAGUCUACUUCCACCCUGAUCUGCCCCACCAUGUGAUUGUCUACCAUCUGACCGUCACCCUCAGCAGCCUUAACAGCUGCCUGGACCCUGUGGUCUACUGCUUUGUCACCACCAACUUCCAGUCAACCAUGAAGAGGUUUUUACAGAAGGCCAAGGAAGAACAGACCAGUGGCGACAUCAUCAGCAUGCAGAAGAGCUCCAGAGGCUCAGGCACUGUUUUUGCCAUCACUAACAGCAUGAUCAUGAUUAAUAUGAAUUCUCCUAAAAAGGGAAGUGACAGAUGAAGCUGUACAGUUUAUGUUCCCUAUCAGGCACCAGGUAUAAGGCGAUCUGCUGAACUGUACAUUUAGACAUUAUUCUUUAAAAUUAUGUUGGUUGAUAUUUCAUGAUACUGUAAUAUAUUUAGAGGGAACAAGAACGUCUGUUUAGCUAAAACAACGCCUGAAUAGAUCACUGAAAAG